AACGAAAGUAGGCUAGAAUUUCAAAGGAUAGAGUUGUCUGUUUAGUAUUUACCUAAUAUUUUUGUUAAUAAAGUUUUAGUUUGCAUCAGAAACUACCAACUGCUACCUUAGUCGCAAAUAGCCUAAACAUAGAACAGGGAUAACCAAUAUUAUCUAAGGGAAUCUAAAAAUAGACGGAAGGUUACGUAGUUAAAUAUUCAAUAUUUGAAACUGUUGUGAAAUAUUCUAUAAUGUCGUUCGCAUUUGAUUAUGUUAAGGAAUCUGGGAAAUAAACAAAUAAGUAAUUGCAUACCUGGAGAAUUACAUUGAACAAUUAUCGACUUAAACAUUAUACUUGCGGUUUCAACUCAAAAGAAAAGUCAUGUUGGAAAAAGUUCGAGGAGGUGGACUUUUGUGUAGUAAUUUUACCAUUUACAAUAUUAUUUUUUAUGAAAAAUUCAAACACUGUUGAACAAAUAAAAUGUGUAGAAAUCAUGCAAAGUUUUUACCAAGCGAAAUACGGUUUUCCCGUGACAUUAUCAACUACAGAUUCAAAAACGGUACUAAGAUUCAACGAACGCUUGAGAAAUUGAUAACAGGGGCUAUUACUGUCAAUGACAUUCCAAGAAUAAAAAUUGUGAAAAGGGACGGUCUAAAAUUUUCAGUGAACAAUCGGCGGCUUUGGGUAUUUCAAAGGUAUGAAGAGUUUCUCAGAAGUCGUGAAGAAACCAUAGCUAUUCCCGUAAAUUACGGAGUACACAAAGACUUGAAGGAUUAUAAGCUGAGCACUCGCGAUGAGGGUCUUACUGUAGAAAUAGGAGAUCGUAACAUGCCUAAGAAGCCAAAAUGUCUGAAGAUAUCAGAAAUUCGUUACUCCAAAGACGCAAUAUAUUUCCAUGAUACAAAAAGGUCACCGACAGAUAUACUAAAAAGUCUUGAAAACGGUACAAAUACAAUAGACACUCUGCCAGUGGUAACAGUUGUACAGAGAAAGGGGAUUUUCUAUGCUAUAGAUAAUGAGAGAGUGCUUUGGGCUAUUAAGCAAUAUUAUGAGAAGAAAGAUGGGAAUAUAGAACUAAAAUGUAAACUUGGAAAAUAUUCAGAUUUAGGACCGACUUCGUUUACAACGACAACUGAUGGAUUAUCUGUGCGCCUUGUGUCCGGCGAUCCGAAUAGAAAACAAAAGCUGGCUAAAUGCGUAAACGAUUGUUAUGAUUCUGAAUUUGGUGAAUGGAAAGACAAUAGGUUGACUUUCUCUUCAUACUAUUUUGAGAUUUUCUCUUUCUGAUGAAGAUGCAUUUUAGUGAAUGGAAGGACAGAAGUUUUACUUUAUCUCCAUAACAUUUCACUUCCUCGUUGUAUUGCUAUAGAUACUUAGAGAGUGCUUUGGGCUAUUAAGCAAUAUUAUGAUAAGCAAGAUGAGGAUAUAGAACUGAAAUGUAAACUUGGAAAAUAUUCAGAUUCAACAUCGACUUUGUUUACAACAAAAACGGAUGGACUAUAUUUUUGCUUUCCGUUUGGAAAAAACAAAAGAAAACUAAAGCUGGAUAAAUGCCUAAACGAUUCAUUUUGUUAUGAACCUCAAUUUUGAUAAAUGUGUAACCCUGGCAACAUUGUACAGUUCGCUGAUUGUGUUUUAAUGUGCGCCUCGCGUCUGUCUCCCUAACUUUAGUAUAUUUAGUUACCUAACUAUAGUAAUAUAUUAUACAGUGACGCAGCGAGUGUAUGGGUCAGUGGAAAGGUCGUAUGAAUGUGUUCACUAGUUUUGCACGUGCAUGUAUACUAACCCCGCGAAACAGUUUCUUCCCGCCUAUCUUUCUAUUCUCUGGACACUUCUUUGUUCUGUACAAGUAAGACGUACUUUGCAGUACUGUCUAAAGUAUACUCUGAUAUCAUUAGAAGUUUUCUAUACUGACAUAUAAUCUGUUUAGAUCUUUUGGAAGUGAUCCUGGCUUUGUCCAUAUAGACAUAAUAAAAGUGAGUUAGAAUCGACAGCGUUGGUUUUACUACUACAAACCAAGACCUGGUUACAAAUGGCUCCCCGACGGGGAAUCGAACCCCGGUCUCCCGCGUGACAGGCGGGGAUACUUACCUACUAUACUAUAUACUAUAUUUAGUGAGUGUUUACACUGUAUUGCAACGUAAAAGUUUGCAGACGAUAAACUGUAAGGGCAUUUCUUCUAUUUCCAUUUCUGCUAUUUCUAGAUUCUCAGUAUAAUAACUAACAUAUUACUAACAUCACCGUGAGCAGUGUGAAUGAAAAUAGUGAACAAAGUGCAUUUAGCGCAUUUAUAUUUAGAUCAUACGUAUUACUAUAUAUUUUUUGUUUGUGUUUACUGUGCUGCAAGCGAUUGCGAAAAAAAUAAAUAAAUACAUACAGUAUG